AUGGCCGCCGCCGCCGCCGCCACCACCGCGCAUGCGCGUCAUCACCUGAAGCUCGUCAUCGAUACCAACUCGCGGCGGGUGCUGUUCGCGGAGGCCAACGGGGAGGCCAUCGAGUUCCUGUACUCGCUCCUCGUCUCGCCCCACGUCUCGCUGCCGUUCGACGGCGCGACCUGGAACGCCUGCAUCGGCAACGUCUACGAGAGCGUCGACAAGCUCCGCGCGUUCGCGGCCGCCGCCAACAUCGGGAACGGGAACGGGAACGGCGCCGGCAGCUGCGGCUGCUACGUCGCGGACAAGAGCGGCGCCAGGUGCCCGUCCUGCGGAGGGGAGAUGGCCGUGGAGGUGCCGCGCGGCGACCCCGGGGCCAGCUGCUCCGACCCCUACGACGCCGGGGCAGCGGACUGGCCCGGCGGCAUGAAGGGGGCCGACCUGACGUGCAUGCUGAUGGACGACCUCAACGUCAUGCCGGCCGGCAGCGGCCUCUCGCUGGCCACCAGCUUUAUGAUGGGCUUCGUUGCCCCCGGCGUGCUCCAGGAGACGGUGGUGUGCCUCGGCUACACGGAGGCCAUGGAGAUUCUCGAGAUGUCGCUGCAGUCAAGGACCGUCCUCACCGACGUUUUCCUCUGCAAGAAGUCCCGUCGCUUUGGAAAGUCGCCUCAAUAAGCUGGCUGCCUAAACCCUAAACCCUAGUUGUGUUGGAUCGUUGGGGAUAUGGUGCAUGUGAAAUCAUCUUUUGGGAAUACGUUGGCAUGCCCAUCGUUAGAUUUAGCAUGCAUGUCCACCGUUAGAUGCUUCAAGACCAGGAGGAAGGAGCCUACAUAUAUAUAGUUCUUAGGUCUUAGCAAUUGUGGCAUAUUACCCACGACUACUACUACGUACCUAGCUAGAUGUAGUAUUCAAGACCAGAAGUAGUACUAAUUUUUGUACCGAACCAUGCAUGUUACUUUUGCUCACGACUACUUGGCGACGGGAAUUAGUACUUACUCCUACCUCUAUUAGCGUAUGAAUCAUAUAUUUCAUUC